AUGGGGACGGAUCCGCCAUGUUUCCCAAACUUCCUCUCUAAACUCUCCUGCACCGACACUGAAGGGGCAGAGACCGAGAGGUUACGAAGGCGAGGAGGGGAUAAGAAAGAGCAAUAUGACGGAAGAAGGAAGCAGGACAGCAGCGAUGACAACGGCAGAGCAUACCUGGAUGACGAAGGUCUUGUCGUGGAUGCCAGGACACAACCCCAGCUGGCUCAUGUAGGCCGCCUCACUGAUGAAGUUCUCAAUGCCGUGGAAAACGCCUCUGCCGGUGGCGGAGAUCCGACCAUGGAUCCCUCCCUGACUGAUGGGCUUCCCGGGCAUCCGGUGCUGGCUGUGCUGGGCCCGGUAGCCCUCUAUCACCUCCCACUCUCCGUUGUCUCUCCUGAUGGGGAAGCAGACGCUCAGGACGUGGUUACACGGCUUGAUGAUCCGCAGGAUCCCGCGGACCUUCUUCUUCUUCUGCUCUGGGCUCUCACGGGUCUUCAGGUCCUCCACCAGCUUGUCCUCCACGAUAGCGGAACCCCGAUCAAAGAAGCCCUCAACCAUGGUGAAAAAGUUGGGGUCGUCGCCCCGGUCCACGGCCUGGCUGUAGCCACGGGACCGCAGCAGGGACGCGGACACAGGGCGAACAGUGUCAGCGGCAGAGCAGCCCGACGCCAGGAUGCUGCCAGCUCCCCGGCUAACAGCAUGUGUGACCAGCCGAAGAUCCACAUCUUCUUGGGGGCUCCUUCUUCCUCCUCUGGCCUAGCAUUGGUUCCCAAACCUGGUCUGGAGGGUGAGGAUCACCCCCCUGCUGAGUGGAGCCACCUGGAGCUCACCUGGAUGGAUGGGCGGCUGAGGCCUGCAACAGAUGAGGCAGGGAAUCCAGCGAGAUCAUCAGCAGAGGAGGAACCAACUGAUGAGAAGGACCAAGGUGAUCAAACUAACACUGGUCGGGAGGGUUCAGGCUCUAAAGCUGAUUGGACCUCAGAGGCGUCUCGAGGAUGGGAGAAACCAGCGGGACCGACAGAUGAAGAAUUGAAUCCUGAAAAGGAAGACCAGUGUUCAGCUUCGGUUCUUGAGUAUCUGGACAGCUAUUUCCCUGCAGCUCAACCAGAAAAACCAGAACCAGAAUCGCCACAUCGCUCUGAGCCAUCUCCUGCCGUUCCUCCUCUGUCCAUCCGCACUCAGUACCUCACCACCUGGACUCUGAGCGGGAGUGGCAGGGGGCGCGUCCAAGCGGCAGCCGGCCGAGAGAACACCCUGCCUCCACAAACCCAGCCCAAACACACUCAAACACUGCCCUCUGUGUCCCACUGCUCCCCAGAGCUCUUCAGCCCUGUAACCCCAUCCCUCGAAGCCUCCGCUGAGCUCUGCAGCCAGUCUUGCCUGAUCCCGAGGGAGGAGGAAGAGGGUGUUGUCCUCCAGGUCACCAGAGACGGGGUGCUCUGCUCCCAGGAGACCGCCCGUGAUUCCCCCAGCACAUCCCCUGAUUCCAAGAGAGCUCGAAUCUGCAAAGACUAUAGCACUGAAGUGACUGAGGUGGAGUCACACAGCACCGUCAGCAGCGCUGGGCUACGAGGUGCCACCACGCUGCUGGCCCAUUGUGACAGACCGGGGGGGUGGCACUCGAUUCUGGUGGCGGUGGUUCACCCCUGUCACCUGAAAGAGGUCAAGGUGAAGACUGGGCCGUCGGCAGGGACUUUGGUUCCACUGGCGUCUAUCGUGGUGACAGACCAGUCGGCUGUUGAGAUGAAGGUAGUACUGUGGAGGCGAGCAGCGUUCUGGGUGCUGACCCUGAGUCCUGGAGACAUCCUGCUCAUCACAGGGCUGCAGGUGAAUGAAGACAGGUGGAGAGGAGAGACGGUGCUACAGUCGACCUUCAGCAGCAAGCUGCUCAACCUAGGACAGGUCACCGCCUCCACCUCACCACCAGCUCCUCAGCAUGUCAGUGCUCGCUCUCUCACCUCUCUGUGUGGUUUCCUCCGGGAGCGACACCCCCUGCUGGUGUCUCUGCCUCACCAUCCCCUUCAGGACCUGAACCGCCUCCCCUACGCCACCCUGAGGUCAUUGAGAGUCAACACACUGGUUCACGCCCUGCUGCGUAUCACACACACUCACAUCAGCACAGCAUGGCGGAGUGAGGCUGAGUCUCGCUGCAGGUCGGCGGUCCAGCUGAAGGCGGUUCUGACUGUGGAGCAGGCGGGUGGCCAGCAGGGGACGCUGCUGCUGUGGGGAGUGGCUGUGAACUGGCUGCCUCGCUUCAACCAAAACAAAGCGGCUGUCUGGGACUUCCACAUCCUCCUGGUGAGAGAGGGUUUGACCUCUGACCUCAUGGAGCUGCACUCCACUCCCUGGACCUCUGUCCAGCCUCUAGACCCCACCGACCGCCGGGCACAGGGCUUUCACCCACUGAAACUCGUCCAAGCAGGAAACAGCAGCAGUGUGGAGCUGGACCUGGACACGCUGCUGUCCCAGAAAUACAGUGGUGACGUGGAGCUUAGAGUUCAGGUCACUGCCUUCCACUUCCAGGAGGGCCCACCUUCCCAGAAUGCACCUCAGCCAGUCCUCGAUAGCUCAACGCCACUAGCCGGCAUCCUGGAGGCACUGAGUGGCCGCUGCCCCGCCGAGCUUGAUACGGAUGCCAAUGGCAUCUGUGGCCCCUGCUACCCCUGCCUGCCCCACACCGGUGUACGCCGCUACUACAGGCCAGGUGUGUUGACAGUGAGUGGGCAGGGCAGCCGUCAGGUGUGUGUUCAGGUUCCCCCUGUUCCUGUGCAGAAGAUCCUCGAUGCUCCACCUGAUAAACUCAACAGGAGGUCAGCCCCAGGUUCUGAGGUGAAGCAUAUCCAGUUAGCAGCAGAGAGGAUCCAGAGCCUCCUCUCCCUCCCACAGAAAACCUUCAUCAUCACUGUCCGGAGCAACUUCUUGUGUGACGAGAACAGCGUCCCCAUCCAUCAGGACCUGAUGCUGCUCGACCUUCAGUUCCCCAACUGAUGGAUGGCGGCUGAGGCGGCUGACUAGUCACUGAGCUGUCCACUAGUGAAGCUUCCUCCACGUGUUGUAGAGCGGUGGGCGUAAAGUUUGCAGGUCGGUGUCCAUGUUUUGUCUUUCCCCAGACAAAAUACACAGGAGCAAAAAUGUAAGGAAUGUGUUAAAUGCUAUUUAUCUGCUCUAAUGUUAGCAUGUCCAGCUAACUAGCUUUAUCGUCUACAGUAAAACCUCCAAGGUAUUAAAGAGUCUGCUUUAAACCAACUGUGGCAAGGAGGCGUGUGUUAAUGCAGGGCCCAAAGCCGAAACCACUAUAUUAACUGAUUUAUGACAAUGCCACCCUUGGGAAUUUCACCCCAGGAAAGGUAUCAACCUUACUAACCACUAAAAAUCACAGACUAAAUGUUGCGAAUCUUAGGAUGCAUUUAAAUGUCAAACCUGCCGCAUUAAGCCUGGACAGGUGUAGCAGUAACUAUGGCCAGUUGUUAAACCAAAUCCAAACUGUGGUGAUGUCUGGGACAGAAUUAUCAGAGAAUAUUUACACAUGGGAUUUAAUUCACAUUGAAGCUCGUUUGACAGCUGAGAUAUUUAAUCAGUUAAUUAAUCAAUUCGUGUAAUAUUUGAUAUUUUGUCUAAAGAAUGGCACAGAUGAGUAAAAACACUUUUAAAAUUCAAGAAAUUGAUGUUAGUGUGGUGUUUAUAUAUAAAGAUGACCUCUUGCUAAUGAGACCAAAAUCAAAUCUGUAUCAGUGCUUAUUGAAUAUUGUCGAUAUUUAACCAAUAACAAAUGAGCCUGCUCAAAGUGAGUUUCUUUUUAUUAUGGCGUUUAUUUGUUUUAUCACUUGUUGACCAAAUAAAAUCACAUAAUAUACCCCCCACUCUUGAUUCAUUGCUUGCAGUAAUAGUGUUUAAAAACACGUUGCGUCUGGAUUAUGCAAAAUAAAUGCGACAUUUGUGCAGAAAAUGCAAUAAUGGG